AUGCCAAGUGCCGGCGCUCUUCCUGCUCCAUUUAUAACUCCAAUUCACAGAGACUGCAAUGGAGUACAACUUCCUGUGAAUAAAAUUGAUACCUCGACUCUGAUUGGGCUCAGUACUGAUGCUCCAAACUGCAAAAUCUACUUCACAACAGAUGGUAGUAAACCACUACCUUUUCAACGGAAGAUCGGGGGCACGGAAAGAACAUUCAAGUAUUUUGCACCAUUCUGCCUAAAACCUGGGAAGAGAACUUUGAAAGCUGUUUGUGUGUCAAGAGAUGGACUUCUGGAAAGUGCAGUUGUAUCAAAAGAUUUCAAUGUUGUGGAUUUGGAAAAAAGCGGCACAGUUGAAGGCUAUGAGAGUACCAACAGCAACACCACACUCCAGUCCUUCAUGGAGGAGUCGUCUGAUGGCGAGUACAACCUGAAGCCAGGGAAAGUGAAAGGGGCAGUGAUGAAGUCACAGUCAAGAAAGAGGACUGCUCCAAAAGAAGCUUGGACAGACUCAUUUUAUCAAGAUCCCGCAGCCACUGGAGCAUCCAAUGAAAUAGAUCAAUAUCCACCUAUUCCUGAUGGCCCCUUCAACCCGACCAACUAUUCUGGGACUCAGAUUAACGUCUGGGGGGCCCCUCCAGGGCUGUGGCAAGGAAUGAAUGCCAGCAAUAGCAUGGUGACAAUUGGGACAGGGCCGCCAGCUCCACCAUAUCCAGUUCAGUACGGAUUUCUGACGGAGCAGAUGAUCAAGGGCCUGAAACCCAAAGAUGAAGCUCCAAAAUCCCAGGGUGUAACGCUGAGUGACAUCCGCAAGUUGAUGGAGGAGAACACACCCAAGCCUCAGCCUCCAGCCAUAGAGUACAAGCCGGUGUGGAAGGAUCCACCGCUCAACCCAGUCAGUCCUGGAAAUGAUGACUAUCAGGGGAAUAUACUGCACAUUUUUGCACACAUGUUGAACAUGGCCAAAUCUAAAAACAGCUUUAAGAGGAACAUUGGAGAGUAUAGGAUGGGAAAGAUUUUAGAGGCCAAAAUGGAGGACGAAGGUGAUGGCUAUAAUCUGAAUAUUGUGUUUGAAAAACCUGGAACACAGAGAGGUACAACCAAAAAGACGACCCAGUCACCCAUCAAAAAGACACCACCUGUGGAAGUGAAACCAAAAACUAUGAUACCUCCAAAGGAAACCAAACCUAAAGUAGUUCUUCCUCCCCCUCCUGCAGCAGUACUCAAGCCAGUAGAGCCACCAAAGCCAAAACCACAGAAAAAAGCAGAUGCCUACUUUGAAAAAGAAAUAGAAAAUAUUCCGUGUGAUGGAACUUUGAAACCAUUUGAACCAUUCAAUGCAGAGGCAGACGCAGAAGUUUUACAUAAUGCUAUGAAAGGACUUGGCACAGAUGAAGAGUCCUUGAUCAAUGUCCUAGCCUACAGGUCUAGUCCACAGCGAGCUGAGAUCAUCACCACUUACAAGACAAUGUUUGGCAAGGAUCUAGUUAGUGACAUAAAGUCGGAGACUAGUGGAAAUUUCUGCGAGGCUCUGAAAGGGCUAUGCCUGAAACCAGCAGAGUUUGAUGCCUUCAUGCUGAAGAAUGCAAUUAAGGGUCUGGGCACAGAUGAAGAUGUCUUGAUUGAGAUUUUGUGCACACGAUCAAAUGCUCAGAUACAAGAAAUCAAGAAAGUCUAUCAGGAAAAGUUUAACAAGAGCUUGGAAGCUGACAUUAUCGGGGAUACAUCCGGCCAUUUCAAGAAGUUACUUGUCUCCCUUCUGCAGUCAAAUCGCAGUGACAGUAAGGAAGUGGACAGAAACAUGGCUAACCAAGAUGCCAAGGCAUUAUACCAAGCUGGCGAGCAGAAGUGGGGGACUGAAGAAUCCCAGUUUAACAAAAUUCUGGUGUCUAGAAGCUUCCCUCAGCUCCGUGCAACAUUUGAGGAGUACAAGAAAAUCUCCAAGAAAGACAUUGAAGAUGUUUUAACAAGUGAAUUCUCAGGUGACAUCUUGAGUGGCCUGAAAACCAUCGUUAGGUGUGUCAAGAACAGAUUCCACCAUUUUGCACGGCAGCUUCAAAAAACAAUGAAAGGUAUGGGCACAGAUGAUAGUACUCUUAUUCGAAUUAUCAUCAGUCGAUGUGAGAUUGACCUUGUACAGAUCAAGGAAGAGUACAAAAAGCUAACAGGAAAAUCACUGGAACAAAGCAUUACUGACGACACUACCGGACUCUACCAGAAAGUGCUGCUGGCUCUAGCCACAGGUGGUGCCCCACCAACAGCUAAAU